AUGGGCAGCGGCUGUUGUAAGACGAAAACUAUUGAUGUAUCAUUGGAUGUCGUGCAAACACAAACCGUAGCUGCAAGAGAAAUACCAUAUGGGUAUGUGCUGAUUUAUCCAGAUGUUCUAACCAAGAUUGACACGUAUACUUAUCCGAGGCUUUCAAUUCAUACCUAUCAUCAAUCAUCAGAAGAAACUGCAGUUCGUUACGCAGACACACAAUUUUCAAACAAGAAAAAGUUUUAUGGAAAGCUUGGUCCUCUAGCCACAUCACAAGAAGAGCACUUAUCUUGGGAUGAAACUCCCUUUGUGAUUCCAGUUGAAGAUGUUAUUCAUAUCUACUACACGACUGAUGUUAAGAAGAGCGUUAAAGCAGAAACUCAUUUACGUCUUGUGCCUGUAGUUGGAAAAAAGGAUGCUGUGGUGGCUGCUUUGAAGGGAAUCAACAGUGUUAAUGCGAUAUCCUAUCCAAGUCCACAAGAGCUUCUGCAAAUAUUGAAUCAGCCUUACUAUGGUAUCUUUGGUGAUUUAUAUCAAGAACAUUUACAUUCAAUUCAGGCACAACAAGCUUUCGGAACACAUGUGCCAGCACCAACAACAACCAGGAUUACAGCAGAAAUAGCAAUGCGACUAGCAGAUAAGUUUCAAGAAGGCAGAGAAAAUAAACUAUAA